ACCAUGCCAGAAUGAAGAUCCUCAUUGUGGCCCUCUUGGUUGUGGGCCUCUGGGUGGAGAGAACUUCAUCAUUACAGUGUUACAAGUGUCAAAAGGUAAAAUCUGGCAAGGGUUGUUUAGUCGCUGGGUCCUGUACAUCUGUGGAACAAGUCUGUGUGACCCUUUAUAACAAAACGGCUGGCAAAGAGCUUUACAUUAGCAAAUGGUGCGCAAAAGAUUGUCCCAAAAACCUGGCCGAAAGCAAGCCUGACAAGUAUGAUGUUACUGUUGAGUGUUGUGAAAAGAAUUACUGCAAUGCCGGCAGUCACAAUUACUGCAAUGACAUGAAAGCCAACGAUGCCAUAAUGGUUCUGGCAACCAUGGGCAUCUUGUUUGGGAUCCUAUGAAUUAAGUUCCCGUGAGACACUGAAAGAAGACCACUGGCCAUGUGUCUCUACAAGAUCAUCCAAGAUGCUAAAAAACUUGGCUUUAAACACACACACACACACAUACACAACUGGGUUCUGCUUCACAUCUGUCACAGAAUGAUAUUGUUCUCUUGGUACUGCAAUACCGGGUUAUUGCCCCUGUGUG